UCUGUUCUUCUGGAUCUCUUCGGUAUACUAAUCCAAAUACUAAGUAUGCAAACAGUAUCAAGCACUAGCGCCGUAAUCUGUUUUCCGCAUAGGUCCAGGGAUGAACGGCUGACAAGUCAGAAAGGCCCCGCAACUGCAAUUUGGUUCCGAUUUACGAACCCUAAUCAUACAUAUAAUUCCAAUCAUCUCCAUAUGGGUGGUAUGCAGGAAGUAACAUUGCCUAGAACGGGUAUUGCAUCCCUGGCCUCUGGUGCUGAAAGCAAAACUCCUUUUUUGAAGCUUUUUGUGCCCGUCUACUUUUUGUUUAACCUUUUUAUUAUCCUCUUUUAG